AUGGAUCUGGUUGCGUUACAGACGGCGCUGAAUCUGCUGCAGAAUUCGAGGCUAACCACUGUCGUUAUUGGUGAAGUUGCACUCAACUACUACAAUGUACCGUGUAUUUUGCACGAGAUCGAGAUCUGCGUUCCCAGCUCGCAAUUCAAUGCGGCGGAGCUGGCGCUGAAUUCCUCUCCCGUCUUCGAAAACCUCCCCCCAAGAACCCCCAACCUGUACAGUGAUUACAAAAAGGACUGUCCUCGGUUCGUGGACGUCAGACAACAUCAGACUCCCAUCACUUUACUUAGUGAUCAAGGAAUAGGCAUUGAGAAAUCAGAGGUCCUUGAACCAGCGGCCUAUACUAGGGAAGCAGUUUACAGCGAUCAAAUACUCGGUUACAUCCCAGUCGAAGGAAUCAAAUAUCUUCCAAUACCGACUCUUCCGUCAUUUGUCCAACACCUCUGCCUACUCUUUUUCCGCAGCGCGGACGAUAUGUAUCGGAUCCGCAUUGAACAACUGGUUGAUGGGAUGAACAUAGAUGAAGCAUGGUGCCAGAAAAACCUUUCAGACCAGGGACAUGUGCAAUACCUCUUGAAGCUCGUGAACAGCAAGAUGGACAGGAUUGACGAUUUUUCUGGCAACCUCGUGACAUGCUACAUCGCUGAUCAGGAGGCCGCAGCCGCCGUUACUCGCAUCCCUGGCUACUAACCUUUGACUCACGAAUUGUAUCGAAGUACAGUACUCACAACUACUCUCUUCUAUUGAGCCAGUGGAAUAGUUUGGUGCCGCUUCACAGUUCAUCGACCGCUGCAUCUAGCCACCUGAAUGUUGCUGGUACUACAAAGUACCCUCUCGCGUCUCAUCUUCUCUGGCACGCCCUCUUCCCAGGGCGUUGAGAGUGGUCAGAAAAGAACCGAGUGCUCACCUCUCUGGACCGCUGAAAAGCGAGGUCCAAGCUCUGUGAAGCCGCCAACGAGAGGCUUGAAGUCGAGCUAGACUAGUUUCAAU